AAUCAAUUUGAAGAUUUGAUGGCCAGAUUUGUGGAGUUCAAGCAGCCGAUCAGUCUCGAAGAACGAGUAGAAAGAUUGUUACGGGACAUUGCUGAUAUGGAAAACAGUGUAGAUGAAUUAACAGGUGUUCAAGCUGAAUGUUGCAAGCAAGCCUUAGAUCACACAAAUGAGAUCAACAGACGACUUGCUAUGGCAAAAACGGAUCUGGAAGAACUAACCGAAUCUGGAAAGAUGUUUGUGAAGGAGCAAAUUUUGACACCAAAUGCUGCACAAGUUUUAACAAAAAAAGCAAAUAAAUUAGAUGAAAAAUUACAAAAUUUAAGUGAAAGGAAUAUUGAGAUGGCAGAACGUUUGAAAAACUGUAUAUCAGUAUUAGAUGCGCUUAAUGGCGAUAUGAGGAAGUUGGAUGCCGUGUUCGAGAGUGUUGAAUCAAGAUUAAAUGCAUUUGUUCGCUCAGAAAGUAUUGAAACUGCAGAUGCAGAUCGAGCAACAUUAGAAGCAUUACUAGAUGAUUUGAAUAGAAGUGUGUCGUUGUUAUCAAAAGCAGAAAAUGCUGUGCAACGUUUAGCAUUAGACUCAUUCAAAGUGGAUGAAAGUAUAGUUGAACAAAGAAGACGUAGAGCUUUACGUCUGCAAGGAGAUUUACGAUCGUGGAUUGAUGCUGCAAAAUGCAUGAGUGAAGAUAAAGCAGCACUUUUACAACAAUUUGAACUUUUACAUGAGCAACUUAAGGAAACAUUGUCGAAAAUGGAAAAGAUUGAUAACUGCGAGGCAUUAUCAAUCGCUUUGGAGAGAUAUCGAGCAGAUAAAAAUGUGUUCAUCGAACGAUAUCGUCGAUUGUUAAGGUCUGAUCCUGAAGUGGAAGCAAAAUUUUCAGUGAUCCUUUCUGAAAUUGAAAAACGUUGGAAUGAGAUGGAAAAGAAGUGCCAGAAAGCUCGAAGUAUCUCCCCCGGGGGUCCUUCACCUCCACAGCUACGUCAUGCUAAUGUUAAAGGUGGCUUUCGAGAUCAGAUUAAUCUCUUGCGCGAUUUGUAUAAAAUUGCUAAUGAUUAUCUCGAUUUUCGACGUUUUCCAGUCUCAUCUGUGAACGAAUGGUCGAAGCGUAUUCAAGAUGUUGAAGAGUGGCUUGUUGAUUAUACGGAAAGACUGAAAGGAGCAAUCGAAGAAGGUCGACGUCUGGCAAGCACUGGACGUAUGGAACUUGAGGUUCAUGGCGCUAUAGAUAGUCUUGAUGAAGUGGUUGACUUGGCUAAUCAGGUGGAAGGAGCUGUAAAUGAAAACAAAACAAAAUUAUUAUCUGUAGAAGCUAAAGCUGAAGCAUUGCAAAGUGAUAUCAACAUGAUUGACGAUGUCAUUGACAAACUUGCAUCUCGUGACCUCGACGAACCAAGCAUUGCUAAUGCGACUCAACUUGACUUAUUGGAUCGACAGACACAGUUAGAUCAUUUGCAGCGAAGAAGUGACGAUAUUCACAGCUGUCUUCCCGGGACAUCCAUUAAUCAAGCGAAUACGUUAAUGGAUGGAAUAUUGGAUAAAGUCCGAGAUUUAGAAGAGAAAAUUAAUGCAUCGAUUAAAAGCGGAAAAGAAAAAAUAAAAGUAGUAAUGGAAAAAGAGAAAAAACCCCGAAGAACACCUUCAGGAGAGCAAAAGGAGUCAGACAUCAUCUCGACCUCUAGCACUGGUGGACAAUCCCUUGCUCUCGAAAUUAAAUUUGAGGAUACGGAGGACGAACAAAGUCGAAACACAGAGCUGAACAAAACCGGAUCGAGUGGCUCUGAACCUCUAGCAAUGAAAAUCAACGUAAUUGAGGAUCGUGAUCCAGUCUGGAGUGUGUACACUGAGAUGGAUAAGAUUGAAGAAGAACUUUCUGGCCCUGAUCCUUUUCCAUUCAAAAAUUUACUCAAAAAAAAACAAAAAUUACAGAAAAUAGACGAAAGUUUUGAUAAGGUACAGCAAGCAAUAGAUGAUGCGCAGAUGACUAUGGAUUUGAUGGAGAAUGAAGCAGCACGGGAACGUCUUCAAAAACUUCGAGAAUGCAAAAUUCGUCAGAAAAAAGAAAUAGAUGAAAAGUUAGAAGCACGAAGUAGCUUUGAGGAAAAUAUGAAGAUCAGUGCAGAAUUGCUAAUUGAAAUGGAGAAGGCGCUAGCUGCACUAAACGAGCGGAAAAAGUCGCCCGAAUUAGAAGAAUUGCAAAGUUUGACGAUAUCUAUAGAAGAUCGCUUGCAACGAGCAUUAGCUCAGAUACAAUACACUUCACUUAAGGCAGAACCAAUACUAACACAAAUUGAUGAAAAAGAAGCUGACGAGAUACGUGACCGUUUACGUAAUAUCGGUGAACAGUGGAAACAGUAUGAAGAUAUGAUAAGAGAAAAAAGGCGUAGACUAGACGAACGCUUUGCAGAUGAAUCAGAAUUGAACGAUGAAAUGGAACUGCUUCAGUUUUGGUGCGAUGAAGCGGAAACAGAGUGUGCUUUUGCUGUCAAUCCUUUAAAUUUGACUACUUUGUUCGAACUUGCAUCGAAAUUAGAGGCUAGCUUUACUUUCUUACUCCAAAGAAAUUCCCUUUUUCACACACAAUUAAUUGAUCCGGCGGCAAAACAUCGAAUACGUAGGGCUGUUUCUGAAAUGGGCAAACGUGUUACUUCGGUACGAAGUUUAUUACGUGAUCGCAAACUAGAAAUCGAUGAGCUCGUGAAUAAUGCUAGGACUUUUGAAGAUAAUUUAGAAAAACUGCACAAAUUUUGCGAAUUAACUGAAAAAGCAAUUCAAUUGCAAACUGCAUUCAUGAAAGUAGAAAAUGCAACAAUUUAUGUACCUUCUGGUGCUGAUUUGGACUAUGUACGAUCUCAUGAGGUAGAAAUUUCUGAACUGGCAAAAAGAGUGGAAGAUCAGUGGAAUGAGGCGUGCUCCAAGGAUUCAGCACCUGAAGAACACCUGAAAAUAAUUGUGCUAGAAGUCUUACAUCGAUGGGCUGAAGACAAGGAAAAGUUGGCAGCAACAGCUUCGUUGCCAACUUUGGCACAUGAUUCAACUUUAGCUACUAACUCAGAACUGGCAGCGCAAGAAGAAUCAGCAAGUGAAGCACAAACAGCUCUGUCUAGCAUCAAUGAAGAAAGAGAAUCAAAUAUUGUCAACGAAUAUGGUAUUCUAAAUGAGUCUCUUUCCGCUGUGCCAGAGGAACCUCAGACGGUCGGGCUCUCUCCACGAGAGCGUCUUCUGAUGGAUAGUGUAGUACACACGGGACAUUGGCUCACCGAGACGGAACGUGAUGCAUCUCUUACCGUUGACUUGGCGGACUUGGACGGCAUACGUAGCGCAAUUAAUCAAAUGCAGUCUUUCAUUGAUCAGCUCAAAAUGCGACAUUUGGAUUUGAUUCGAAUUUUGGAUGAAAGUCAAACUCAGAUAGUAAGGGGAAAAACUGAGGUGAUGGCAGCUGAAUGUAAUAAAGUUUUGGGUGAGUGUCAACGAAGAAAGACAACUUUGAAUAAAAUGUUGGAGGAAAGUCGAGUUUGGGACCAGUUAAAAAAUUCAGUUGCGUCUUGGCUUAACGAUGCUCAAGAAAAAGUAAUUGAUGGAAGCAAAGUUAGCAGAGCCGAUGAGAAGAUUCUCAAACAAGAUCUUGCAGAAAUUCAAAAAAUAACUGAAAAAUCAGCUGAGAUGAAAAAAAUGAUGGAUGAAUUAAAUGAACGUAGUAAUGCUUUAUUGGAUCAUUAUCGUGCUGAUGAAGGCCACAACUUAUCUCAUACGAUCUCGAAAUUAAAUGCUUUGUGGAGCAAAUUUAACGACAAUGUUCGCAUUCGUCGAGCAGUGCUAGAAGCAGCACUUCGAGCACGAAGCGAUUUCCAAUCGGCACUGAAGCAAUUGGAGGAAUGGAUGGAUAGCGUGGAAGAAUCGCUAACAGAACUCAAUGAUGGCACUGCCAACAUUCAAGUAUUGAAAGAUACUGUCAAGCGCAAGAAAUGGAUUGAAGACGAGAAGAAUGUUCGGGUUGAUAUGGAUGCUCAUAAAAGUAUUGUUGGAUCAGUAGAAGAAAUGGGUGCUCAGCUAAUACGUCGAGUAGAAGAUUCUAAGGAACGUGAACGUUUGAGAGAACGUUUAUCUCAUGUUAGCAUUCGAUGGCGACAUUUAUUAGGAUUAGCAGAUGCUAUCAAAACUCGCCUGCUGAAUGCUCAAGAAGAAUGGGAAAAAUUGUUCACGCAAUUAGCCGACAAUCUAUUUUGGAUUGAAGCUGAAUGUAAGGCAUUACUUGAUGAGCAGCCUGUUGGAGGUUCACUUGCUCGAGUUCAGGAACAAACAGAGUUCAUUCAGAAACUUGAACAAGAAAUGAAAAUUCGUCAGCGUGAGAUAGACAAAUGCAUCACUUUGGCUCAUAGUUAUUUGAUGCAGCAUGAUUUGCGACCACGUAUGCGAAGCACCAGCGUGUUAGCAGCCGACACAGAAAACGAUGAUGAAAACAAUGAGCUACGUCGUGUUGGUAUUCAAAUCAAAUCAGAUAGUGAUCGGUUAGGUCAAAAGUGGGUUGAACUACGAGAACAGCUUGAUGCUUGGGCUCGAAUUAUCGCUGAUGCGCACUCAAAGAUGGAGAAGUUGGCUGCAGCUAUUGCAGAGUGUCAGCUAGCUCUUUCAAAUAUGGAAGAACGGAUGGAAAAGCUCAGACCUGUAGAAGACUUGAGACUAGAUGAACUUCCAAUGGCAGUUGACGAGAGCGAAGAGUUGAAGGAGUAUUUGGCUCGGACUCGGAUUUAUAUCGAUGAUGCAAAUGACUGGAGUUGCCAGUUAUUAGCUUCUGAUGUUGACUUAGCCUCUGAGCCAACUACACAACUCAGAUCUAUCAAUGAGAGGAUUGCAAAAUUGAAAUCGGAUCUGCGUGUCCGAGUAGCUGCUCUUGACCGUGCUAUGAUGGAUUUUGGCCCUUCAAGUCAGCAUUUUCUAAUGAAUAGUGUACAACCGCCCUGGCAACGAGCUGUCUCAGCAACUAAUCAUUUGCCUUAUUACAUCAAUCAUGAAACAGAAGUUACUCAGUGGGAUCAUCCUGCAAUGGUUGAAAUUAUGGAGGAGUUAACAACAUUUAAUCAAGUAAAAUUUAGUGCGUAUCGAACAGCUAUGAAAUUGCGAGCAGUUCAAAAACGAUUUUGUUUGGAUUUGUUAAGUUUGGAAGAGGUGGACGCAAAGAUGAACUCAUUGAACUGUUCUUGGAGUGAGGGAUAUUUGUCUAUGAAAGAUGCCAUUAUGUGCUUAGUACCACUGUUUGAAAGUGCACAAGAAAAGUAUCCAAAAUUAAUACAUUCCAUACCUUUGGCUGUUGACUUAUUACUCAAUUUCGUUCUGAAUGUCUUCGAUCCAGCACGCGAUGGUGUAUUACGAACAUUUUCAUUUCGUGUGUUACUUAUUGCCCUUUGCAAUUCAAAUUUGGAAGAUAAAUAUCGUUAUCUGUAUCAGUUAAUAGCCAGCAGUGAAGGUGUCGAUCAAAAGAAACUUGCUCUCUUGCUGUAUGAUAUCAUUCACAUUCCGAAAUUUUUUGGCGAAGCCGCAGCAUUUGGAGGUUCAAAUGUAGAGCCAUCAGUGCGAUCGUGCUUUGAAAUUGCAAAAUACCCGAGAUCUAUUUCUAUAGAUGAAUUUUUAGAUUGGUUAAAAAAAGAGCCUCAAAGUAUCGUUUGGUUACCAGUAAUGCACAGAUUAGCAAGCGCAGAAUUUGCCAAACAUCAGGCUAAAUGUAAUGUAUGCAAAAUGUUUCCAAUAAUUGGCUUACGGUAUCGCUGCUUACGAUGCUUCAAUGUCGAUGUCUGUCAAAAUUGCUUUUUCAGUCAGAGGCUUGCGAAAAAUCAUAAAUUAUCACAUCCAAUGCAAGAAUAUUGUCUACCUACGACAUCAGGUGAAGACGUACGUGAUUUCGGCAUGAUAGUGAGAAAUAAGCUACGAUCAAAAAGUAAAACGCGAAUAGGUUAUUUACCUGUACAAACAGUUGAUGAAGGACCUCCUCUUGAAACUAACAAUGUUACACCUCUUAAUCCUGCCACUGAACCCAUCCAUUACCGCAUUCAGCUUUGUGCUAGGAGAUUAUGGCGGGCACGAGGAGAUGAUAAUACACUUGUAUUUCCGGUUUCACAUGAUAUAGGCGAAGAGGUACGUACAAGUAUGAUGGAAUUAAAGUCACCUUUGCAACUCUUAUCCCAAGUGGAACAAAUGCACAAGGAAGAGUUGGAUCAAGUGCUACACAAAUUGCAACAUGAAAAUAGAGAGCUAAAAAAGGAAAUUGAAAGACGGAAAAAGUAUGACACAACAUUAAGUUCGACACCAAAUCUGACUCGUGGUGGUGGUACAGCGAUGUCAUGUAAUGGCACUGACAAUAUUGGAACUGGGCGAUCGGUACCUUCACUCUCCAACUCAGGAGAUGACCAGUUAUUGAGAGAGGCUUAUCUAUUACGGCAACAUAAAGAACGAUUAGAGCAACGAAGUCGUAUACUGGAAGAGCAAAAUCGACAACUUGAAAUCCAACUUGCUAGGUUACGAACGGUCAUCGCACAGCAACAAAAUGCUGACCGAGAAAGUAAAGAAGGCGGUGGAGAAGAAUUGGAAUCAAGUAUAGUAUCAGUAGAAGAAGACGAAGGAAUUGAGUACGAUACACGGCCAAAUCGUAUGAAUUCGUUGAUCGCUUCUGUAGAUCAAUUAGGUCGUGCGAUGCAGUCCUUUGUCGUAUCUGUUGUCAAUGAAAGUGAAGAUACUAACGAAGAUGAAGAUGAGCUGACAAUUGCUGAAGUACAUUAA